AUGAUCCUGACCACCACAUUCGUGUGCUUCUGCCUGGCUUCGGCCUUCAAUUACUUCAGGACCCGCAGGCAGAGGUCGCUGAUCAGGAAUCUCAAAGGACCCAUCACCUGGCCGCUAAUGGGAUCGAUUCAGAAGCUGGUGUUCCUGAGCCCAAAAAAUUUCUUCAAGCAAAGCAAGGACUAUCUGGCCAAGUUCGGCCUCUUCAGUCGCUGCUGGAUUUUCCAUCGACUCUUCAUUCCUCUGGCAGAUCUUGAACUCACCAGGCAGCUCCUGGAAAGCGAAAAGAAUUUGGAAACAGGCUGUGAACUUAUGAAGGAUUGGUUGAAAGGCGGUGUUCUUAUGUGCCACCAGGAUAAAUGGCACCAUCGUCAUGGCCUUAUUAGUCGGCUUUUCACAAAAGGAAAUAUGGAGCAGCUCACGGAUUUGUGUCGCAAGGAAGCGGAGGCCCUACUUCCCAAACUUUCGGAGCGGGCAGAUCAAGAGGUUUUCGACAUUUGGGAGGUUAUUUCUCCAAGUAUUUUAAACCUAAUGAUGCAAGUGACUUGCGGUGUAAGCCCCAGUGAUAAAUAUGCCAAAGCCCUACACGAUUUAACGGAACUUUAUAGGAAGCGUUUUCUAAGUCUGCAGUCUGCCAAUCGCUUCAACUAUUGGCUAAGUUGUCCAUUCAUGAGGAGGAGGCAAAAUAAACUCAUCAAAAUCUUAAACCAAGAGCACAAGGAUUUAAUAUCAAGACACCGGCAGCAGCAGUUGAAGAAAGUCAAUGGCUUGGAAGGCAACCCUUCGGAGCCGUUGCCUCAAAUUUGUCACGAGCCCCUUUUGAAGAUUCUUCUGGAAAGCCAAGAUCCUCAACUGACUGAUGAAGAAAUUUUUGCCGAAUUGAAUACAUGCAACUAUUUGGGAUAUAUACUUUGCAGUUCAGCGCUAUGUUUUGCUAUUGUCUCGAUCGCCAGAAACCCUACAGUGCAGCAUAGCUCUCUGGAGGAGUUAAAUAACUCUAUAAUAGAUCAUAAGGAAUGGCGAUUGGAAAAGCUUUCUUAUAUGGAGGCUUUGCUACUAGAAAGUCUAAGGCUUUACCCACCUCAAGUUAUUCUUCAGCGCCAGCUAAAACAGGACUUUCCCUAUACCCAUAGCGUGGUGGGAGAUGCUGUGUUGCCCCAUGGAGCUGAGAUUUACGUAAAUCUCUACGAAAUGCAACGCCUUGAAAAUCGCUAUCCAGAACCGAAUAAUUUCCUGCCUGAACGAUUUUUGAAUAACUCUACGGAGCUUUUGAGUUUCGGCCUGGGAUCACGUAGUUGCCCUGCCAAAAAGUUCACCUUUAAUUUGUUAAAAGCCUUUUUGGCUCCCUUGGUCACAAAUUUUGAACUUCUUCCCUAUGGAAAUCAAUUACGAUUAAACCUUCGUCUUGUUUUGGGUUCAUCCAAUGGUUUUCAGUUGGCUUUAAAACAAAGAAAGUAA